UAAAGGGGAACAGCAGCCAGGAAGCAUUAAAGUGCAUGAUACAAAUUAGACAAAGAAAAUUUCACAUCCAUGGCUUCUUGCAGUAGUCAAAAAUUCCAGGAUGUUUACAAAGUCAGGACAGUGAUUCAGGAAUGCUUCAAUUAUUGUUGUACAUUAUUAAUACUGUUCCCGGGCAAGAUUUGUGGUUCUCUGGUCAGCAAGUUCUGGCAAUGAACUCACUGCCGCUGGUGCAAAGAAUUCUGGGAUGUCUGACAGUGAAAUGGAUGGAAGGACUCACAUUCCAUCUCUACUUAAUGCCCUUUUGUCCAGAAAUCGGGUCAUGCAGAUGAGCUAUUUGAAAAGUAAAGAACAAGGCUAUGGAAAGCUAAGCAGUGAUGAAGACCUCGAAAUAAUUGUUGAUCAGAAGCAGGGAAAAGGCUCUAGGGCUGCAGAUAAGGCUGUUGCCAUGGUGAUGAAGGAGAUACCGAGGGAGGAGUCUGCAGAAGAAAAGCCCCUCCUUACUGUGACAUCACAGCUGGUGAACGAACAGCAAGAAAGCAGACCUCUCCUGAGCCCCUCCAUCGAUGACUUCCUCUGUGAAACCAAAUCUGAAGCCAUUGCAAAGCCAGUAACGUCCAACACAGCCGUGUUGACCACUGGCCUGGAUCUUCUUGACCUGAGUGAACCUGUCUCUCAAACCCAAACCAAAGCCAAGAAAUCUGAGUCCUCAUCAAAGAGCUCGUCCCUCAAGAAGAAAGCUGAUGGCUCUGACCUCAUCAGUGCAGACACUGAGCAGAGAGCCCAGGCUCUCCGAGGGCCAGAGACGUCAUCCUUAGAUUUAGACAUUCAAACACAGCUGGAAAAAUGGGAUGAUGUCAAGUUUCACAGUGACCGGACAAGCAAGGGGCAUCUCAUGGCAGAGAGGAAGUUAUGCUCGUCUAGAACCGGAUCCAAGGAGCUCCUGUGGUCCUCAGAACACAGGUCUCAGCCAGAACUGAGUGCUGGGAAAAGUGCCCUCAACUCCGAGUCGACUUCCGAAUUGGAACUCGUGACUCCGGCACAGGCUCGGCUGACCAAAGAGCAUCGCUGGGGGAGUGCUCUGCUCUCCAGGAACCAUUCCUUGGAGGAGGAGUUUGAAAGAGCAAAAGCAGCCGUGGAGUCAGAUACGGAGUUCUGGGAUAAGAUGCAGGCAGAAUGGGAAGAGAUGGCCCGGAGAAACUGGAUAUCUGAGAACCAGGAGGCUCAGAACCAAGUCACCGUCUCAGCCAGUGAGAAGGGAUAUUACUUUCACACUGAAAAUCCCUUCAAGGACUGGCCUGGAGCAUUUGAAGAAGGCUUGAAAAGGCUGAAGGAAGGGGACCUUCCUGUCACCAUCCUGUUCAUGGAAGCAGCAAUUCUUCAGGACCCUGGAGACGCUGAGGCAUGGCAGUUUCUUGGUAUCACCCAGGCAGAGAAUGAAAACGAACAAGCAGCCAUUGUCGCCCUCCAGAGGUGCCUGGAGUUGCAGCCCAACAACCUGAAAGCUCUGAUGGCCUUGGCUGUGAGUUACACCAACACUGGCCAUCAGCAGGACGCCUGUGAGGCGCUGAAGAACUGGAUCAGGCAGAACCCAAAGUACAAGCACCUUGUGAAGAACAAGAAAGGCUCUCCAGGCCUCAGCCGGCGGAUGUCUAAGUCCCCAGUAGACAGCUCUGUUCUGGAAGGAGUGAAGGAAUUAUACCUGGAAGCUGCCCACCAAAAUGGUGAUAUGAUUGACCCAGACCUGCAGACGGGGCUGGGAGUUCUAUUCCACUUGAGUGCGGAAUUCAACAGGGCAAUCGAUGCAUUUAAUGCUGCCUUAACGGUUCGGCCAGAGGAUUACUCCUUGUGGAACCGUCUUGGGGCAACCUUGGCAAACGGAGACCGCAGUGAAGAAGCUGUGGAGGCCUACACGAGAGCACUGGAGAUCCAGCCAGGUUUCAUCCGGUCCAGAUACAACCUGGGGAUCAGCUGCAUCAAUCUGGGCGCCUACAGAGAAGCGGUCAGCAAUUUUCUCACUGCCCUCAGUUUGCAAAGGAAGAGCAGGAACCAGCAGCAAGUCCCUCACCCAGCCAUCUCGGGGAACAUCUGGGCCGCCCUCCGGAUCGCACUGUCACUGAUGGACCAGCCAGAACUCUUCCAGGCAGCCAACCUUGGGGACCUGGAUGUCCUCCUGAGAGCUUUCAACUUGGAUCCUUGAAGGAAAAGGAAAAAAAUAAAUAAAGAUAAUAACCCCUCAUCUGUGUUAUUAUACUGAAAAGGGACGAAACUAUUUUAUUAUGAAUUUCCAAAAAAACAAUUUUUUAAAGGAUAAAGCAGAGAAUCAAAGGCCAUGGUCAUACAACCCAGGGGAACUGAUUCCUACAGACAAUGCCCAGUCUCUGUUCAGACCCAAAAGCACAAAGUCGGGUUCAAGAGAAGAACGGAGAUUCUCAGGACGAAUCAAGGUAACUGUGUGUACUCUCCCUGGUUGCAAGUGGACUUUGAGUUAUACCAUUCGUGUCACAGCUGGCGGCACAUCUGAGGAAUGUUCAUCGGGCAAUUUGUCCGCAGUUGAUGAACUCAGGCUCUCUCUAAGUGGUCUCCCCCUUUUGCGAGACUGAACAUAGCUUGGAUCCUUGGCACAUGCACACAUACAUCCUGACUAAAGGCAGGCACUGCUGCCCCCUUCCUCCCAGUUUAACUUUUACC